GAGCGGGACCUCGACAUAGCUUUACAGUUUCCACACACGCAUCCUUGAAUACUUCAGACUUGUUGUAUUUCAUAUAUCUGGAAAAGAAAAAACAAAAGAGAGGGAAAACAAAAAAACGACAAAAAUGAACAAAACAACUUCCUACGCUUCGUCCAUUUGACCCCUUAUUAUUAUUAUUAUACUAUUGUAUCGAUCUAUGUAUGUGCUCAUCUCAUUCUCAAAGGUUGGAGUUGGUUGUGUGACCAUCUCCAUCUUCCUUCCCCUUAAUUCUGUUUUCAGCUUCAGAUCUACUUCUCCUCCACUCUCUUCAUAGGGCAAUUUUUGAAUUUUGACGUCUUAGCUUUACUAACUACUCAUUUCGAGGCAACCCAAUAACGGGUUGUCCCCAAAUCUCCGAACAAUUGCCUCGAUGAGAAGCCAUUAUCUCUAUUGGUAGUGGUAAUGAUGUAAUCUAGGGUUUCUAGCACUACCCAAAUGACAAUUUAGUUUCUAAUUGUUAGUUUGUGUACAGAGAAGCCUAGUUUUUCCCCCUACUAUACAAUGCAGAGUUCGUCAAGCUCCGCGGCUCAGCCUGAAGCCAUACUGCAAUGGCUUCAGAAGGAGAUGGGUUAUAGACCGUUGGGUCCGUACACUGCGGCUUCUAGCAAAUCCGGGUUGCCAUCCAUUGACGCACUACGCAAGAUUUGCCGUGGUAAUAUGAUACCCAUUUGGAAUUUUUUGAUUACCCGGGUGAAGUCGGAGAAGACGGUGGAGAAUAUCCGCAGAAAUAUAACGGUUCAUGGUGGCGGCGGCGGCGGCAGUGGUGAUGGAGGAGGAGGAGGGACGGUGAGUUCAGGAAAAGAAGAGGGAAGGAGUAGAGGAAGUAGGAGGAAGGAGAAGGUGUCCGUGGAGGGUUCCAGUGUGGCGGAGACUAGGGAGGCGGCGUUGCAGGAGAGGGAAAUGGUGGCGAAGGAGGUGGAGAGGCUGAGGAAUAUUUUGAGGAGACAGAGAAAAGAUUUGAAGGCUAGGAUGUUGGAGGUCUCCAGAGAAGAGGCUGAGCGGAAGAGGAUGCUUGAUGAGCGUGCAAAUUACAGGCAUAAGCAGGUAAUGCUUGAGGCUUAUGAUCAACAGUGUGAUGAGGCGGCAAAGAUAUUUGCAGAGUAUCAUAAACGACUGCGUUUCUAUGUUAAUCAAGCAAGGGAUGCUCAGAGAUCAAGUGGUGACUCUUCUGCUGAAGUGACUACUAGCUUUAAUGGAAGCGUUGAGAAGGAAGCUGUUUAUUCAACCUUAAAGGGAAGUAAAACGGCAGAUGAUGUUAUUCUUAUUGAGACAACACGGGAAAGAAACAUCAGGAAGGCAUGUGAAUCUCUUGCUGAGUAUAUGAUUGAGAAGAUUCGAAGUUCGUUUCCUGCUUAUGAAGGCACUGGUGUUCAUUCAAACCCUCAGUCAGAAGCAGCCAAAUUGGGUUUUGAGUUUGAUGGUGCAUUGCCUGAUGAUGUUAGAACUGUGAUUGUUAAUUGCCUCAAGUGUCCUCCUCAGUUGCUUCAGGCAAUCACUGCACAUACUUUACGAUUGAAAUCUGUAAUUUCUAAAGAAAUAGAGAAAAUUGAUGUUAGGGCUGACGCAGAAACCUUAAGGUACAAGUAUGAGAAUAACCGAGUCAUUGAUGUUUCUGCUCCUGAUGUGAGCUCACCACUACACUAUCAACUUUAUGGUAAUGGAAAGAUAGGGGGCGAUGUUCCUUCUAAAGGAACUCAGAACCAACUUCUUGAAAGACAGAAAGCACAUGUUCAACAGUUUUUGGCUACUGAAGAUGCACUAAACAAAGCUGCAGAAGCUAGGAACCUAUCUCAAAAACUUAUUACACGAUUGCAUGGCAGUGGUGAGGCAGUUCCUUCACACUCUCUUGGAGUUAGUGGCACAUCACAAAAUGCAGGCGGUCUUAGGCAAUUUGAGUUGGAGGUCUGGGCCAAGGAAAGAGAGGUUGCUGGUUUGAGGGCGAGCUUGAAUACAUUGAUGUCUGAAAUACAACGCCUGAAUAAACUUUGUGCAGAAAGAAAAGAAGCUGAAGAUUCUUUGAGGAAGAAAUGGAAGAAAAUUGAAGAGUUUGAUUCUCGUAGAUCUGAACUUGAAACCAUAUAUAGCGCUCUUCUAAAAGCUAAUACGGAUGCUGCUGAGUUCUGGAAUCAGCAGCCAAUAGCAGCAAGAGAGUAUGCAUCAGGCACUAUCAUUCCAGCAUGCACAGUUGUUCUGGAUAUUUCUAAUAAUGCAAAAGAUUAUAUCGAGAAAGAAGUUUCUGCUUUUUAUCGCAGUCCUGAUAAUAGUCUCUACAUGCUUCCAGCAACCCCACAGGCACUUUUGGAGUCCAUGGGUGCAAAUGGAUCCACUGGACCUGAGGCUGUUGCUACUGCAGAAAAAAAUGCUGCUAUAUUGACGGCAAAGGCAGGUGCAAGGGAUCCAUCAGCAAUACCUUCUAUAUGCCGUAUCUCUGCUGCUCUUCAAUAUCCUGCAGGUCUGGAGGGUUCAGAUGCGGGUCUAGCAUCAGUUUUGGAAUCUCUAGAAUUCUGUCUGAAACUUCGUGGUUCCGAGGCUAGUGUGUUGGAAGACUUGGCAAAGGCAAUCAAUUUGGUUCACAUUCGGCAGGAUCUUGUUGAAAGUGGACAUGCUUUGUUGAACCAUGCUUAUCGAGCUCAACAAGAAUAUGAAAGGACAACAAGUUACUGCUUAAAUUUGGCUGCUGAGCAGGAGAAAACUGUUUUGGAUAAAUGGCUGCCUGAGCUUAAGUCUGCAGUUUUGAGUGCACAAAAGUGCUCGGAAGAUUGCAAAUAUGUCAGAGGAUUGCUUGAGGAAUGGUGGGAGCAGCCAGCAUCCACCGUCGUCGACUGGGUCACCGUUGACGGAUUAAAUGUUGCUGCUUGGCAUAAUCACGUCAAGCAGCUCCUCGCAUUUUAUGAUAAGGAGCUCUUGUGAAUAUCACUCUAGUGUUCAGUGCAACAAAAUGUUUUCUGGGUUCUAGCUAGUUUACUGCCUAUUGCUUUGCCACUUUCAUGUUGAUAGCCACGUAAAAGAAAAUUGCAGCCCCAUCAGGGGAGGCUGCUCGCACAUCGAGGAACAAAAUGAAAGGGAAGCAUUCGUGUCAAGGAUACCGAUUUUAGUACAGUUUUGAGGGUGAAGGGGAGGGGGGAGAGUCGGAUUAUUUUUGCUACAGGCCACACAGGUUUCCUUCAUUUUCCAUUUUUAAAUUUUGUAUAGAAUUUUGAUGGUGGGUGUUUUGUACCAUAGGCCAUGUUUGUUUUGGCUGGCAUAUUCUCUUUUGAGGAUGCUUCAUUAAUGCCGUUCAAGGGUAGUAGUGUGAUAAAGCUGUAGCCUUUGCAUUUGUUGUUUUGAAGUAUGAUCAAGCCUGAUUGAGUUGAAAUGAAAUUGUUGAUUGUCAUAAUCAACAUGUAAUACCCUUGUACUUGGUGUUAGUCUUGUAUUUGAUGAUUCUCUCCCUAUCAAUUAGUUAAUUCACAGUUUUUCUUUCUUGGGGCUGAAAA